AUGCACGGUCUCGUCCUGAUCCUCACUCUCGUUUGGUCGGCGCUCGUUGGCUCCAUGGCUCUGAUCAUGCCCUCCCUCUGCCUCCUAGUCCUGCCCUUCGACGGCUCUAGGAUGCUCUACCGCCAGUGGAGUGCGUACGUGGCCAAGGUCAAGAUCGUUCUCUCUGGAGAUGACCUGCCGUAUGCUGAGCCUGCCAUGAUCGUCUGCAACCAUCGCACGAGGAUCGACUGGAUGUUCAUGUGGUGCCUCUGCCUGCGCCUCGGUCUUCUCAACUGCAUGAAGAUCGUCCUCAAGGACUCGCUGAAGAGCAUCCCAGGGUUCGGGUGGGCCAUGCAGAGUUUUCUCUUUGUCUUCCUCGCUCGUGACAAGUCGAUCGACCUCAAGCACAUGGGCGAGAUGCUCGGAUAUCAUACCAACAACAAACUCCCGCUCUCUCUCAUUCUGUUCCCCGAGGGGACGGACCUCAGCCCUCACAAUAUGGCCAAGUCUGAUGCGUUUGCAAGUCAGAACGGCCUGACCAAAUACCGGCACGUGCUGCACCCUAAAGUCAUCGGUUGGGCGAGGAGCAUCUCUCUUCUACGAGCUACCUGUCCAGCUGUGUACGAUGUCACCAUCGCCUACCAUGACUACGAGGAGGUUUUCAAACUUGAUAGGGAGGGUGUCAAAUGGCGUCAUCCCAUGUCGCUCAUGCCAGAAUCUCCAGCUGAAGUAGAAGAAUGGAUCAAACAGUCGUUUGCCCGCAAGGAGAAGCGUCUCCACCAGUUCUACGGCAACUCCAAGACUUUUGGUCCUCCUUCCAAGCCUCCUAUCGAUGAGGUUGAAAUUGAAAACCUCUGGCGACAGUCGCUCAUGUUCUGGAGCCUCGCGUCCGUUCUUGUCCUCGUCUCUUUCUUCCUUGUGUUCGGAGGGCUUUUGUUUCAGGCUUUCUCAGCCAUCGUGUGGGUGCUGCUCACAAAGGCAGGGGGCGUUGAUAUCAUCGAGCUAUGGCUACAUGGGGAGAGAGGCUUGUACAGGCGGCUGAUUGAGACACAAGACAAGUUCGACUGA